UGUCCCUCGGACACAGCGGAUCACGGAAAGAGCUGAAGAUGUUGGCUCGGUCAUGUGAUCAGCUGUGUCCAAUCACAGCUGAUCACUGAUCAUCAGGGCACUGAUUAUCAGUGUGCCCUGAUGAUCAGUGUGGCCCCAGAAGUGCCACGUGCCAGUGCUCAUCAGUGCCACGUGCGAGUGCCCAUCAGUGUCACAUCAAUGCCACAUAUUAGUGCAUACCAGUGCACAUCAAUGCAACAUAUCAGUGCCCAUCUGAGCUGCCUUUCAAUGUCACGCGUCAGUGCCACCUAUCAAUGCCAGUCAGUGCCACCUAUCAGUGCUGCCAGUCAGUGCCACCUAUCAGUGCCAGUCAGUGUCACCUAUCAGUGCCAGUCAGUG